CUCCGGCUCAGUAAGGACUGUGGUCCCUCCCGUUCGCAGUGCAGUUCCGAAAUCUCCGGGAGCGACCGCGUUCCUCCGUUUUUCUCCUCUCUCUUUCUCUCUCUCUCUCUCUCUAUCUUUCUCUUCCUCUCUUCCUCUCCCUUUCUUUAUAAGCUGCUCCCUCCUCCCCAUCUGUCCCGUCUUUCUCUCUCUAUCGCCUUUCGUAUCUCUUUCUCGUCUGUCGUCCGUCUUCUCUCCGCCCCCUUAGCCUCGUGCGUUCCCUACACCCUUACGAAAAGCUUCGCAACUUCCUCAGCCGAGCGGUCGCUCAUCAGCACGCAGCACUCCGCACGCGACCGUCACACGGGCCGGUAGCGAUCAUCUCGCGACUGUCGAGCUGGAAGCGCGACCGAGCGACGACCGUCCGACCGAUUGAUGGAUACGUGCGGCGAGACGUGCCGCACGCGUCCCGGCGACCCGUGGCGAUCUCUUCUUCAUGGCGAGCCACGUGGAUUGGCAACGGUGAUUCUCAUCAGCGAGGCACGUCUCGUCGGUGCGGCACGGGCGCGACGCGCGCUCCGCCUGAUCGUCGGCGGAUGGUGACCACUGUCACGCUGGACAGGCCCGUCCGCCCGCGCAGUGAUCGUCGAGUGAUCGGCGAGGGGGUGUGCGCGAGGGAAGGAGGUAAACCGCGGCGGUGGUUCGGGCGUCGAUGUGCGGCACAGACCCGACGACGGAACUUCGCACCGGCACUUCGCGUCGCUCGCUGGCAUUUCCAGUCCGAAGAGAGGAGCUCAUAUGGAAUGGCAUCACGUGGACCGUCGUCGUCGACGCUGCCGAUCGCGAUAGCGAUGGCCGCCGUGAUGACAGCCGUGGCUAGUGGCUUGUGUCCGGCGCGAUGCGAAUGCGACGACGACAGCCUGCGCGCUUCAUGCGCCCACGCCGGCCUCGAGGUCGUCCCGAUACAGCUGAACCCGGAGAUCCGCCACUUGGACCUGUCAAAUAACCGCGUGGCCAGUGUGCACCUCACCUUCAGCUUCUAUGGGAACCUGGAGAGUCUCGACCUCAGUUCGAAUCUCAUUCACACGCUUGGCCUGGAGAACUUUGGCAUGCAACAGAAUCUGGUCGCGCUGAACGUCAGCAACAACGCGAUACGCACGCUGGCAAAGAACGCCCUGCGUGGGCUCGCGUCUCUUCGAGAGCUGGAUCUGGCCGGCAACAACAUCUCGCGGAUGGACGAGCAGGCGUUCAAGUACACCAGCGAGCUGGAGGUGCUGAAUCUCAGUGACAACUCGAUCACGAGUCUGCCCGAUGGCCUGCUGAGGAACCUGCACAAAAUACGUACCCUGAUUCUCAGCCAAAACUCGUUGCUGGAAAUAUCGACGACCAACCUGGCGCUGGCGCCCAGUCUGGAGCAUAUAAAUCUGUCGGAUAAUCUGAUAUUGGAGCUUGGUCGGGAUUCCCUGCCAUCUCUGCCGUCACUGGCCACCCUGAAUCUGUCGAACAACGUCAUCAGGUACAUCGCCGAUGCCGCCUUUGAUCGCUUGCCGGAUCUGCUGUAUCUGGAUCUAUCCGGGAACAAUCUGACGUCCGUGCCCACGGCUGCUCUGGCCAGGUUGAGCGUUCUUACGGGCUUGAUUCUGAGCACAAACCCUCUCGGCUCGUUGGAGGCCGUGGCCUUUCGCAACCUCUUCGAGCUGAGGAGUCUAGAACUGAAUGACUGUACGAUCACGAGCGUGAACGCGCGGGCGUUCGCCGAUAACGUGAAUCUGGAACACAUCUCGAUGGACGGCAAUCGAGAAUUGAAGGAACUGCCGGCACGGGUCCUGUACGGGGCGCGCUACCUCAGAUGGGUCUCGUUGCGCCACUGCAACUUGGCGACCCUGCAGCCGACGCAGUUUCCGGUCGACGGCCUGACUCACCUGCAAGUCGGCGGCAAUCCACUGGUGUGCAACUGCUCGGUACACUGGCUGUGGAACGUCAUCCGUGCCGAGGAACGGCGGAACGAGACCAGGCUCGAGCUCGACACUCACGAGAUCAUCUGCAGCGACGAGGAGUUUGCUGGCAAGGCGCUGAUCACCCUAUCCGAGAGUGCCCUACGGUGCCGCCUGAGCCCGUUGUACUUGUCGCUAUCGGCCGCUGGUUGUCUGGCAGCGGCUGCAACAGUGCUCGCCCUGAUCGCACAUCUCACUCGGGCGAAGCGGAAGAGGCGGACAUUGGCGUACGCCGCGCCGAACCGUCCCGAGUUCCUCGUCUACGUCGGCCGGGGUGGCAAUGAGUUGGACAAGAACGCCGAGUCGUACAGCCGGCGAUUGUUGGCCAGAAACGAGGACAUCUCGUACGAUUCUCCGCGCGGCAAGAUGAUGACAUCGUCAUCGACGGCGACGGCGGAGCAUAGUCCGCAGGACACGAACAUCUACGAGACGCCACGAUACGCCCGUUCUGCCGGUGGUCUUCGUGAUGCCGCCGUCGAGCAGCCGUACAGGAAACAGCCGGAGGAAGGGGUAUACGCAGUGGCGGACGUGACUGAUCUGCGGGACGAGCCGCCGGAAGUGCUGUCGCUUUAUCGCGCUCACGGCCCUUCCGCCCUUUCCAGAUCGAACGGACCACGGCGGCUGGACUACGGUUACGAUUACGAGUACGAUUACGAUUACGAGUCGGCGCCGCCGUCGUCGCCGCCGCCGCCGCCGCCGCCUCCACAGCCGACGCUCUCCGAGAAACCGCACGUUGUCUUCGUGUGAGCCAGGGGAGGAACGGGGUGAGGGUCAUAACAUGGUGGGUUCAACUGUAGCGAUAAUCAACGGAGUCGGGUCGGUCGGACGAAGCAGAUCCGAGGGCUGGUCUAUGGUCGUUAGCGGACCCGAUGCGGUAACUUGGUAUCGCGGGUUCUUAACUGUCCCGAGUGUCGCGGGGAUUGUUGCCUCGACGCUCGGCGUCUUGCUGCGUUCUAUGCUUGCGGAGACGGCGCGGAAACGCAAGGCGCGGACGUACGAGGACCAACGAACCGAAGCUGCACGCGUGGUAAAAUGUUAAACGUUUCAGCAAUAAAUAACGUUCGUUCGACAGGCACGGGCGAGGGAAAGAAGUGGAGAAGAGACGGACGGCCGUUCACCGCGUUUCGAACUGUUUGUGUAUUGUGAGACGCGAGAGUGGAUGGACGUUACCGUUCCGCUUGACGCUUGAAAAUGAUCGAUGCCCGCAGUUGUCGAGCGAGCGGAUCAUCCAAAAUUCUCCCGAGCGAGGAAACGAAUGCGCCGCGUUUUCCUCGCGAGAAACCGGCAGUUCACAGCACACCCGUGACACGACACGCUGAAAUUAUCCCCCCAGGACAAACAGAAGCAACCGUGGACGAGUGAAAAUGAAAUGUCUUCCGAGAUAGUUGCGUCCUUGCUAGAGCGCGAGAGGGAGAGAGAGAAAGAGCGCGAGCGAAAGAGAGAGAAAGCGAGAAAGAGAGAGAGAGCCACGAUGCAUUCUCACUGAGGGAACACAAUCUGACUGGGAAUGUAAAUUGUGCGGGAACAUAAGAGUACGUUAUACUGGCUGGACCGCGCAGAGAAACAGAGACAGAACGAGAAAGACAACGGGGAGAGAGAGCGAGGAUUCCGUAUUUAUUUUCGAGGAUUGCAAGUUGAAAUCCGCCGGCUCAGUGCGAAUGCAGUGGCCUGGUUUUGCGAGGCGAGCGUUCAUUUCGUCGGAUUCGUCUGAAUUUCGUAGUGACAAAUCAAAUCAAAGCUGCGCCACGUUAGUCGAUUACAGGUCCUCUCCUAGAGAGAUUACUAGCUACCUAGAGAUUAAUGCUCUUCGCAAAGUCCGUUCCAGACUGAGGAGCUCUACCGACUCAAAGUUUACAACCAAACUACUCUGUUGGCUACUAGUCAGUCGCUCUAUCGGAUUAAAUAAAUAGCAUUCUUAUCAUCCGGGUACCCGAGUACGAAUGUACGAAGUACUCAUUACACAGAGCAAUAGUCAUACCCGAGUCGAUUCCGAGGAAUAUCCGGACGUCCUCGAAUAUCCUCGAAAUAUUCAUAAUCUAAAAUCCGAGCAACAAUAAGAGCGUUAUCGAUAAGGGAACGAAGAAUGUUUGCUAAGAAUUGCGUUAACACGUUCCUCCACACAAGACACGCUUAAGGGAGCAAAUUACGUUACACAGGUCGGAAAUCCGAUUUUUUCCCCCCUUUGCGACUAGCAGGGGCGAUCCCUCGUUCGUACGAAGUAUUGUAAAUUGAAGCAAUAAUAGUUACGAUCUUUACUCUUGUAAGCACAUUACACCGAAUACGUUUAGAGAUUACAAAAGCGACACACAUUUAUACAAAACAUAAGCGAAUACACACAAAAAUAUAUAAAUACAAAUAUAUAUAUAUAUAUAUAUAUAUUUAUUUAUUAAUUUAUGAUGUUAAGUUUGGAGAGAGAUGUUACGUUUUGGAAUACGAAAUAUACUCGAUGCAGUACGAAUAAAGUGCGUACGUUUCCGUUGUGAGAAUCAUCGAAGAAAGGGCUCGUGUCCGCGAUUCGUCGUAAUGAUACCGUCUCGUGCGGUAAAACCUCGUACAACCGCUGCAUGCAUCCCCGUCACGUCACGUACAAACGACGGAAAUCGUUACGCGAAUCCGCGAUUACGAUCCUGAGGACCUAUUUGUAUGUUUUUUGCGCACGCCUCUAAACGCACCGCGUCCGCACGAAACCUAACGGAAUAUGCAAAACUUCCUAAUUGGAUCCGCUUGUAAGGCAACUUCGUGAGUCGCAGUUUGCAACACCCGGAGAUUAAGUCUCGUUACUGAAUCGCAUUUUCCUACUACGGGUCGCAGCUCGAACUUUCGCAACGAGAGAAUUUAAAGAGAGAGACGGAGAGAACGAGAGAGGGAGAUUAAGGGCACUUUUUUCAGAAUUGCUGACGUUCACCUAGAGGAACGGAAUAAAAGAUCAUAAAUGUUGAAUUGAAAGACAAAAAACAUUUUAAUUCGCUCACAGCCGUUUUCUUUAGUUUAUCAUAUUUUAAUGUAUUAUCUUUCACAGUCACAUAUAUCCUUUCUAAUCUGAUUUUUUAAAUAACAAAUCAGAGGAAAAAAACAGGCGUACGUGUCGUAAUCAGAAAUUCGUUACACAUGUUUUAAUUCAUCAUGAAACAUUAACAGUGUCGGAAUUGGCUUUGAUUCUGUCGCAACAACGUCGAGGAAUACAUGAACACAUGCGGUAUCAUAAAUUUUGAGAAAGGUUGCUACAACACAAUCACAGCAUUAAAGGAUCUUCUCGUUUCGCAUGCGCCUGACGCAAAUAAUCUGUUUUCAUUAAUGCAGCUAAAAAGUUCAUUUUCCUGAGAAUCGUAACUAUACAAUCUUAUCACGUGAAUUCUCGUUCUCGGCGUCAUUCGAUAUGCGGGUGGUCCCAUAAAAAAUGUAUGGAAACCUCCAUCGACCUGGCGAAACGUUCACAGUUCCCCAGAUAGUCGGCAAUCCCCAUCAAUUCGCAUCAACGUUCAUUCGCGCCAAACGGCCGGGCGGCCGUUUAAAAAAUGACAGUACUCGGUUGUAGCGGAAAAAACGGGAAAAAGAGAAAGACAAAAAAAGGGAAGAAAAGGGAAAAUCAAAAACGAAGCUGUAUUUACGAGGGCCUGUGAAGGCGUUUGGCCUUAAUGCGAUUAGGGGAAAUAUUCCGGACUGAUGCUCUCCUAGGUAGCCUUGUAAGCGGCCUUCAUUCGCUCGCUUGGCGCUCUGAAAAAUUCAUUUUCCCCGAGAGCGAGAAGCCCGGCGGGAACGCUGAAUGAAAAUCCUCUAUUAACGUGCUUCCCGUGUGCGGUCCACUGACCUACAAGCCGCAUCACGAGUUCUCUUGCUUUCGGCAGCUGCCGCCGAAACGGGUCGUACAUCUUGGUUCGCUAAGUUUGUAAGUUCCGACGCGGAAUGCGCAAUCGAUCGUCACAGUUUAACUGGAAAGUCGGGGAAUACCUUCCCUUCUUUGAUUAUGCAAGGAGUUUUACGACGCACCCGCGCGGUAAGAAACGCGAAGAACACGAGAGAAAGGGGGAGCCAGUAAAUUGUCGACUUUCGACUUCAUACGAGUUUUCAAACGUGUACGAUCGGGUUCAAGUAUCGCCAACCACGUGCGUGUUGCAACCUGACUUACACAGAUUUAUACGAAUUCCCCUCGAUUUCGAACAUUUUUUUGAAGAAAGACAUCUGCAGGGAUAACUGAAGUUAUCCGACAAGUUAAUUAAACGUGUACGUAUUUCUCUUUGUUUAUUUGUCAUUAAGCUUGGGAAAGGAAGGGAUUAACUCCGAUCCAAUUUACAACUUUGAUUACCGACAUUAAGCGUUCAUCUCUACCCAUUUCUCUGGCUUCAUCUCACCCUUGUGUCUCUCUGCGCUAUUCAAGUCGUGCGAUUAAACUUAAAUCGUAAGCAAAUAUCCAAGAUUCGUCUACGUCGCUCAGGCUGCAACUAAGAUCCUUCCUUCGGUAUCCAUUUGCAUUUGUUACGUACGGAAAUUCCGAGAGAGAGGGAGAGAAAGAGAGACUCUAUCGUGAUUUAUAAACCACGGUCUCUAAGUAAUCAUCGGAGAUAAAAUCUCGACCCUCUCGAGAGGAGAGUCUAGACUCUCGACGCGUGCGGCAACGGGGAAUAUCGUCGGGAACGUGAGAAGUCUGAGGAACGAGUAAUUAUAUAAACGUUGAUUUUAGUCUAAUAGCCACAGGGCUUCUUUCUCUCUCUCUGCUCAGUCGCUAUUUUCAUUAUUUCUAGCAGUCCUCGUCCCAUAUAUACGUACUCAUGCUCGCGCUUUUGAUCAUGUCCGACGUCUUCGCGCGCAGGAUUCAUCCAUCCAUUCAUUCGGCAUACAAAGAUAACGUAUCCGAGAAUCUGGAUGGGAAGAAAAAAGACCGCCCCUUCUGCAACCGUCGCCUGAAAUAUUAGAUCUGAAAAUAUUUCGUUGUGUGCCUACCCUCUCUCGCUCGGUUAGCCAAGGCUUCUCCUCGGUGGCACUUCGCCCGACUCGUUAGUCGUGGUAGUUAGUCAUGCUAUGUGCAUCCCGUCCGGAGAACGACCAAGAGAGGAGAAGACAAGAGAGGCGGAGAGCGGCUUCAGUGAAGGAGUUGGCGUCCCCCACGAGGGGGAUGAAGACCUCCUCGCACCAAUGUCCUUCCUCGCUCCUCUUCUUCCUCUUCCUCCUCCGCAAAAGAUUUUUCCUUUUGUAAACCUCAUCCGGGGAGCUCGUCGAUGCGUUUGAGGCGUGCCGUUGCCGCUCGGCGAUUAUUUUUGUAUGUACAUACAGCCCGUGUAAUGUCGAGCGUAUAGUCGGCGCCAAGAUGGUUGGGAUACCUCUUGUCCCGCGGGACACCCUCUGCGGAUUUACUCCCGUACAAACGGAAGGUACAGCGGAUAAUAAUUAUUAGAAUAUUAAUGUUCCGCUUCUCUCUGCGUAUUUCGGCGAACAUAUUAUCACGUUACUCUACUACUGGUAUAUACUUACUGUCGCGCUCAUUUUUGUAUUAUUAUCACCUUUGAUUUAUUGUACAGGAAUAAAUCUGCCGAAAUUACCCACAUGC